UUUUUUGCCCAUAUGUCAAAAUCAGCUGUAGCUGUCAAUUUUAUAAACACAUGUAUAUAUUUUCAUAGGAGGUGAAUGCUUUAAAGUAAUUGAUAGAUAAUUUAUACCUAAUGGAUGAUAAUAAUUUGGAAUAUUGCUUAGAGCUAUCCGAAGAUCCUAUUCGAUUUGAAGCAGUCAAUCAGUUAACGAAUGUUUUUUUUGAUGAUUCAAAUAAAGAUGUCUUCGCUGUACGAUCUGGAGGAGUUAUGGGAGUCGUUGUCAAAAAUGCUGAUCAUAAGUCCCAAUCGUUAGACUUCAGGAUGGAAGAUCAUGGACCUGUUUUAUCAAUAAAAUUUUCUCCAGAUCACCAAAUUCUUGCUGUUCAAAGAGCUAGCAAUUCCGUAGAAUUCAUGAAUUUCAAUGGAACAAAUUUAGAUACAGAAUACUCGCAAACUUGUAAAAAAAGCUCUAACAUUCUCGGAUUCAUUUGGUCCCAAAAAAAUGAGGUAGCUUUUAUAACAGAUCAUGGGAUUGAAUUGUAUAUGGUUAUACCAGAUAAGAAAUCUUUGAAGCAUUUAAAAACUACGAGUGCCACUGUUCAAUGGUUUGUUUGGUGUAAUGUUAAUAAAAUUGCCCUUCUAGCUUCUGCUCAUGGCUCUAACCUGUUACCUGUUGUGAUUAAACAAGGAACAAUUAACAAAUUAGCGAAAGUUGAUACUGAACCAAGUCGAAUGGCCCUAGAACGGGACAUUACUCUUGCUAUUCUAUAUGGUACAUCCGCAGUUUUAAUAUUAAGACAUCAAAACGGACCAAAUACUGCAGAAGUACACAUACACACUUUAAAUGGACCAGGUCAGUCUCCAGUAAAGUCUCAUGUAUUAAAACUGGGAUUAUCUGGAAGAUUUGCAAUCAAUAUUGAAGAUGACAUUAUUUUGGUACACCAUCAGGCGUCAAGAAGCUCUGUGAUAUUCGAUAUUUCGUUACCAAGUGAAAGUGACGGUACUGUACAAUAUCACUCUCCAAUCACAGCUGCCAAAUCGAUGAGACCUGCCAGGUUAACCUUACCAGGUCUUUUAGAACCGGAAACUCAUUUAUGUGAACUUUAUUCACCUAAUUGGGUGGUUUUUCAACCGAAUAUUAUAAUAGAUGCCAAAUUGGGAUGUUUGUGGCAUAUACAAUUAUGUCUGUCAGAAUUAUGUCAACAAAUAAUUGAUUUACGAGUUUGUACAAAUGUGAUGUUGAAUAGAACCCAUGGCAAAACUGUAUUAUUGAGAGUGCUGAUGGACUACAUAAAUCAAGAUAUACUGAAAUUAGAUAAAAUUCAAGAAGCAUUCACUCUGAUCAAUGCAAUUUAUCGAGAUUAUAUGGAAGUGGAACAGCAACCUAAUAUAGUUGGUGGGUUUAAUGUUUCUGUAACAUCUCAACGGAGAAAUCUCAAACAACCAAGGGUACUAAUCACCCAAGACGAUAUGAUGAAUGAAGUAUUCCAAAAAUUGGAUCCAGAAAAGGAUAUAUCGAAAUUAGAAUGGCUCUUAGUUAGUUAUUUAACCUCACUUUCACAAUGUAAUAUACCCGCCCAAUAUAGUUUGAAUGAACUUCUAGUCACUUGUCUUGCUAGACAACAAAAAUUUACAGUUCUACAACAAAUGCUGCAAUACGGCGUGAUAGCCGAUUCGAAACCAUUAGCGUGUUUACUGUUAUCAUUGGGUAAUAUGCAUUCGUCUACCUCACAGAUGGCAUUGGAUAUGCUCUGUAGACUAGAAGCUAAAGAAGAAAUUCAAGAAGUACUUUUUAGCGAAGGAUUACUUCUUCUGGCUUUGAAAUUGGCAGAUAAAAAUGCCAAUCCGAGGAAAUUUUUAACGGCCGCUGAAGAUUCAAACGACGUAACACUUUUGCACAGUGUACUUAUUUAUUUGAAAAAUAAUCCCGAUUAUGUCACCGCCUUCGAAAAAGAUGAACGAUUAAACAAAUUUAUUCAACAAUACAAUAUUAUAUUUGACAAUCUCAACAAUAGCACCAGUAUCAAGGAACAAUAACAUAAAAGAAGACUCCAGUAAAAACAAUUCUAAUGUGGUUUUAGACGAUUAUAGCAAGAUGAAAUGUCGUUUCUGUCAUUUGUCAAUAACAAAGACCAUUUUGAUUCUAUAUAUUGUUAAAAAUGUCAAGUGAAAUGACAUUGACAGUGUUACAUAAAUACGAUUUUAGGAGAUAAAAAAAUGGACCGCAACGUGUAUUAAUACAUUUUCUGAAUGUGUUUUGUAAAGAAUUAAAAAUGUUUCUUUUCUAAAUCAAAAUUUGUGAAUUCAAAAAUAAUAAUAAUUGAUAUUAAAUUCAAAAAUGGAAAAGAAUCGAAUCAAGUCUGAUAAGUGGCUAUUUGAUAUUAUUAAUAUCUAUACUAUAAUAGUAUACUUAUAUAAGAUUUUAUAUUUUCGUGCUGUGAUUGUUAGCUUAAAAUAAACUCUGUGUUAGGUAUCAAAAUCAUCUAAUUAAUUGACUAAUGUGUUUCAAAAGCGUGCUCGAUUUUUCACUAUAAACCAAUUCAUAAUAAGAGCUACUAAAAAUAACGACAAUUAACUUUUAAUCUUAGAAAGCAUCCGACAAAAUCCAAUCAACAUUGAUUUACACAAUCAGUUGAAGUUUCACACCUGUGGUUGCUCAAUAUAAGUAAACUCUAAUAGUCAAAUGUCUGGAAUAAAUCUUUAAUUACGUACAACCAUUUUCUUAUAUUGAUGGUGCUACACUAUACGAGAGUUUUACAAAAAGUUGAGAAACGAACAAGUUCGACACAAUGUUCUUUAUUGCUUUUCGAAAUACUCACCUUUAUGGCUUUACAUUUUUGCUUACGCUCCAACCAAUUCUCGAAUUAUUUUUUCCUGAAGCAGUAGGGAAGAAGAAAAAGUCCUUAUGCGAUAAAUCUGGCGAAUACAGGCAAUGAAACAUCAAUUCAAAGUUUUUCUUCUUCGAAUAUUCAGUUGUGCUUUAUGGGAACUGGCAUGGGAAAUCCUUCAGGAAUAUAUCUUUCUCACACUUAAAUGUUCACGCAAAAUUGUGUGUACUGCAGCCUGCGAUAUCCUAAUAGACGCCUCUACCUGUCUGUCUACAGAGCGGGUCUUCUUUAAUCAUGCACAACAAGACCUUUACUUUGUUUUGAUACAGGUUAACCACCAUAGUUUCAACGUUACACUAUACAAAUAGUUAAAGUUUCACAAUCUUUUAUCACAGGAACCGUUGUUUGUGAUAAGUGGGUUCUUACUUACAUUCGAAGUCCUGGAAUAUGUACAAUACACAUAAAACAGCAUCGAUUUGGUACACGUUUGAGUUCGUAAACCGCUAGAUGAAAGUUGAGGUUCCUGCAGUAGUAUGAAAAAACUUCCACGCGUGUACCUUAUCAGCCUUUCUGGCAUAUUUCUCGUCGUGGAAAACAGGCUGCAAUCUGAAAUCUUCCGUGAGGAUCAAAUAGUUUUAGGAAUAGCGGGAUUUUAACUAUGAAUUAGGUAGUAAAAGAUUUGUCAUUUGGGAGCAGUGGAAAGUUGCCGAAUAUAGAAAGAGUACAUGGGGAAUGAAAGUUUAGUUGCACUGGUUCGUUGCUUGAGUUUUUCAUUUCCUUUUUUUAAAUAAGUCAAAAGGAUGAAGUUAAUUAAACACUUAAAUCACUCACUUGUGUUUAUUUAUGUAAAUAACAGAAUUACUAAAUCACUUCAAUUAAGCAGAAAUGAUGAUUAGAGUUAGUCCAAAUUAUGAAAGUAGUGAUUAAGAGCAGGUGAGAGGUUAGGAAAUUGGAAGUUUCAGUGAGUCAAAAGUGUAUGAAUGGUUGCAUGGAUAACGUAUGAGUGGCCUACUCAAUAGGUCCAAUUGUUAUCCAAACAGGUGAAAUAUAAUUAAGUUUAUGGGUGUGAAGUUAUUCAAACUAUAAAGAAGCUUAUAAGAGAUUGUUUGAUCCAGGAGGAGAAGUAUUUUUUGUGAUAGUGAUGUGAUCCAGGGAAUAGUUGUGCUAAACACAUUUCUAACACCGAACAGAGUUACUACAAGGAAAAGGAGUGAUAGAUAAGCUCUUCAUAUGUUUGAAACUAUUGAACAGUAAAGUAGAAAGGAUUAUGAUUACUUAUUCGUUUUGUACUAUUAGCUUUCUCUUAGCGGAUAGAGUAUUUGGAAAAGUAGAGUAAAUAUUGAGAAAACAGUUAAUAAUGACAAUUAGGUAUAAUGAAAACUACUCUAGUUUAUGAUGCUUUUGUAGGACUUCGUCUUGGUAUUUGAUUGAUAGUAAAAGUCUUAGGCUAGGAACAUUGUUAUCUGUGAAGUAUUUUUUUGUUGAAGAUGAAGAUCAAGCAAAACACCGUGUAGUAGCCUUCUUAUUUAUUGUUUGUGCAAUCUACCUAUCGAUUCGAUUCUUUUUAUUUCACAUUGUAUAUUUAUAGUACUUGUGCGUUGUACCUAAAUAAUUUCUACGACCAACUUCUAUUAAUUAUAAAACUCUAAUGCUUUCCAAAUUUAAAUUUAUCAAUUCUGUUUCUUCCUUUUGGAUACAAAGUAAUGCUCGGAUUCUUCCACGAGUCUUCAUUGAAAUUUCUACCAAUAUCUGCUGGUUUUAUAGCUAUUUUUAUCGGGUUGAUUUCAUUGGGAUAAAAUUGGGAUGAUAUAGUCGAUAUAGCUUUGUUACUUGGUUGUUUAACUUGAACUACUUUGUUGUCUUUGACUUGUUUUCUUCUGUAAUAGAAUACUUCUCCUGCCAAAGUGAUCAUGGCCAAAGCUAAACCGAAUAGAGUUGCUAUAAAUACUCCCCCUAAAAAAUAAGAUAAAUCACAAGUUUUUACGAAUAUCUAUAGUGACUCUAUUAUGAGCUAUUAUUUUUAAAAAUGUUUUUCUUUGGAUACAUUUCGUCCUAAUUUAGAUGUACAAAAUAACCUUUAAAUCAUUUUUUGGCUUUCAUGACAUUGUAUCCAAAUUUAAUUUCAGUAUUUCUUUGGGAAUAUUUUUCCCGAAGUCACCAGUUUCCCAAAUUAACUCGCAAUGCAAUUUUUCUUCGUUUUGACUAAUUUCUUUAUUUUCGAUUAUGUUGAGAUACAUUUUUUAAAUAAUGUUUAUAUUGAUACAGUUAUUCAUUAUAUUUUAAAAUUAAUUCUCUUUUACCUAAACUUUCAAGUGUAAUUCCCUCAUUAUCGUCAGUACUGGGACAGUCUCCUUUUGAAGAAUGAUUCCAAUAUUUCUCCUGCAAACCUUCAAAGAAUCGAUCUUUUUGAAGUUUCAAUAUUCUAAACAAA